AUGCUAAAGUAUUGCCUCGUAGUCGCUGUACUAUUUAUUACAGCAAUUUCCGCUGAUGACGAGGAAAAGCCGAGCGCGCUGAGUAAAUUCGGCGGAACCCCUGAGGAUUGGCAAGGGCUGAUCGACGAGAUGGAGGAGCUGAGGCGUGAAGGAUGCGCACGGUGCAACGAGGCACCACAGAAUAAGAAAAAGGCCUGCUUCCUGAUGCUCAACUACAUCGGGCAGUUUAUCGGCAAAACACGGCAAUUGCAGGAUGUUACAGAGGCCGCUGAGAAGAAAAGCCCGUUCGACGCACUAAUGGAGAUGGUCAACGGGUUCAAGGCGCAAAAGCCCGAGCUCGAGAAGGGAUGCGCUGAGGACAAUAAGACCGAAGUGUGCCACAAACUCUUCAACAAAAUCGACGACAUGGUGAGAAUCGCCACCGAGGUCAACGAGAUCUUCAACCACAUCCAAAACUUGACCGCCAGCGAAAAGCCUUUC